AUGUCGACCAUCACCGUCCCGGAGGGAGCCGCGCCCGGGGCAACCCUGCGAGUCACGACAAGCAAUGGACCUGUUGACAUCGUCGUUCCGCCCGGCGCGACGCCAGGAACCCAGCUCCCGGUGCCGAUGCCGGCGCAGCAGCCCCUGAUCCAGCAGCCGUUUCGGCAGAUGAUGUACCGGGUGCAGCCCGCGCCCAUGGAGAUCGUCGAGAACACGUCGGCCUUCGGCGCCGUGGUGCACACCCUCAAGGGCGAGGUAAAGAAGGAGGGCUGCUGCCCGUCGAUCACGGGCGGCUGCCGUACCGAGCAGAACGUGUUGACGCUCUUCGAGGGCGGCAUCCAGGCGCAGUCCAUGGACACGGACUGCUUCGGCCUCUACUCGCACACGUACGUGAACGUCAUCCCCAAGCACACGAUUAUUGCGGUGGACGUCGACUCGAAGCAGGCGUGCACCCAGUGCAAUCCCCUCAACUGCAAGCCGUGGUGCUGCUGCGCGAACUCCGUCGUCCAUUUCAAGGUCAAGAAGGACCCCUCGAUGAACAUGGUGUGGUGGAUGGACGAGACGAACGUGUACCUCAAGAUGAGCGGCAUCGCCGACUCGCACAUCCUGUUCGACUACGUGUACGGGGUGCUGGCGAAGUCGGGCGUCAGCGACCGCGCCCACAACCUCGCCCACAUGAUGGCGGGCGGCCUCUGCGACAAGGCCGACGUGACGCUCGACCUGGGUUUUUCUGCGUAG